AGAUGAUUUAUACGUCUGCUCCAUCUAUAACACCGUGUCUGUGGCAGCGUUUAUGCUAGCUCCUGUCGUCCUGCAGGUUACUUGAGGUCUUUGGAAACAUUAAUUUUACACAAUGGCGGCGCUCUUUCUUCGGUCGCUUUGCACAAGAAAGGCUCCCAUUCACUUUGGUCGCAUGUGUUACUCCUCUUCUUCAGUGCCCACCACAAAACUGUUCAUAGAUGGAAAGUUUGUCGAAUCUAACACAUCAGAGUGGAUUGAUAUUCACAACCCGGCCACUAAUGAGGUCGUAGGUCGCGUCCCUAAAGCGACUCAGGAGGAGAUGUUGGCCGCCGUGAACUCCUGCUCCAGAGCCUUCUCCUCCUGGUCUGAAACCUCCAUCUUAAGCCGACAGCAGAUCUUCCUCCGAUACCAACAGCUCAUCAAGGACAAUAUUAAAGAGUUGGCCAAGAUGAUCACUCUGGAGCAGGGGAAGACUCUGGCCGACGCAGAGGGCGACGUGUUCAGGGGCCUGCAGGUGGUGGAGCACGCCUGCAGUAUCACCUCCCUGAUGCUGGGGGAGACGCUCCCCUCCAUCACCAAAGACAUGGACACUUACACCUACCGGCUCCCCCUGGGCGUGUGCGCCGGCAUCGCGCCCUUUAACUUCCCCGCCAUGAUUCCUCUGUGGAUGUUCCCGAUCGGAAUGGUCUGCGGGAACACGUACCUGAUGAAGCCUUCGGAGAGGGUCCCCGGGUGCACCAUGCUCCUGGCCAAAAUGCUGCAGGAUUCCGGGGCGCCAGAUGGUACUCUGAAUAUCAUCCACGGGCAGCACGCAGCGGUGAAUUUCAUCUGUGACCAUCCGGCGAUCAAGGCCGUGAGCUUCGUGGGGUCGAACCAGGCGGGAGAAUAUAUCUACGAACGAGGGUCAAAGAACGGCAAGAGAGUGCAGUCCAACAUGGGAGCGAAGAACCACGGAGUUGUGAUGCCCGAUGCCAACAAGGAGAAUACCCUGAACCAGCUGGUGGGGGCGGCGUUCGGGGCGGCGGGGCAGAGGUGCAUGGCGCUCUCCACCGCCAUUUUUGUGGGCGAGUCUCGCGAUUGGCUGCCGGAGUUAGUGGAGCGCUCCAAAUCGCUCAGAGUGAACGCAGGAGACCAGCCCGGGGCCGACGUGGGGCCCCUGAUUUCUCCGGAGGCCAAAGCUCGGGUGGAGUCCCUGAUCCAGGCGGGAGUGGAGGAGGGCGCUCAGGUGCUGCUGGACGGGAGGAACGUCCAGGUCAAAGGUUAUGAAAAUGGGAACUUUGUGGGACCCACCAUCAUCCACAAAGUCCAGCCCGACAUGACGUGUUAUAAAGAGGAGAUCUUUGGUCCGGUUCUUGUCGUCCUCGAGGCCGAGACUUUGGACGAGGCCAUUUCUUUAAUCAACAACAAUCCCUAUGGCAACGGGACGGCCAUCUUUACCACCAACGGAGCCACGGCGCGUAAAUUCACUCACGAGGUGGACGUGGGCCAGAUCGGUGUGAACGUGCCCAUCCCGGUGCCUCUGCCCAUGUUUUCAUUCACCGGCUCCAGAGGCUCGUUCAGAGGAGACACGAACUUCUACGGAAAACAGGGCAUCCAGUUUUACACUCAGAUCAAAACCGUGACGUCGCAGUGGAAAGCCGAGGACGCCACGGUGACCAGCCCCGCCGUUACCAUGCCGACGAUGGGCCGCUAAACGCGCUCUGGCGGAUCUCCAUAAAGGCCUUACAGCGACCACUAACGUUCCAACGGGAAAUGGACGUUUUUUUUCUGCCAAUAACGUAAUAAUUUAACUUUUAGCACUUAUUCCAAAAGUCAAAUGUUUUAUUAAUUCACCGUAUUGUUAUUCAAAUCUGAUUCUACUUCAUUGAAAAGCAAAUUGCCAUCGGUAAUCUCUUUUCGAGGCGCACAAUGAGCUCGUAAAAAGGCCAAUUAAAUCGCUAAUUAUGUUUUUGAUCAAAUGUACUGACACUUACGGCUUUUUAUUACAUCAUUGGCAUCUCAUUUUUAAUAAAAGUAUUAAAAAGACUAAAAGAAACGAUAAAAAAUGGACCAACUAUCGUAACUUUAUAGCGCAUUAUGUUACUGGCAGGAACAACCAAUCAAAAAUCCAAUCAACACAUAGUAAAGGCAAGGACGGUGUCUUGCCAAACGGCACAAGGGCAGUGUGGGCAGUGCUGGGGUUUGGACCGGCUGGAUUUGGGUUGAAUUAUUAAUGAUUCAUGAAUAAAAAGUAUAUUUCUUCUCCGUUGUAAGAAGUUAGACACUGUAGUCGGGUUAUGGACGAGUUUGGAUGUGGUUUUUGCACAACACGAUGCAAAAAAAGUAUUUCUAGAUUAUUAAAAUUAAGUGAAUUCGCAAUUUUAAUCUUUUAUUUGCUUAGUUUGGAUUUUUUUUUUGUUUUUAGUUUGGAUGGAGUUUAGUUUAGAUUAACUUAUUUUGACUUAAUUAAUUUUAUUUAUUUAUUUUUUCAGAUCCAGGUUUAGUUUGUUUUAUCCCUGACAGUUUGGACCGCUCACUAGCGCCUCACAGUGGUCACGUCAUGUUACUGCGACGUGUCCUCUCAGCUUUUCAAUGGGUUUUGGCGCCGUUUUCCCACUACUGGAGACAGGACGAUAGCGCCAUCUGCAGUGCACAGGCGUGUGAGAGUAAAAAAGGCCCCUCGUCCCAGUUUAAAGUCCCGAAACUGUCCGGAAACUGUCCCGUAAUUGUCCCUGUAACUGUCCCGAAACUGUCCCGAAACUGUCCCGAAACUGUCCUGUACUGUCCCGGCGAAGAUGGCGCCAAAACCUGUUUAAAUCUGCUGACUGGACAUGCCGCAGUAGCAUUAUGUGACCACUCUGAGGCGCUAGUGAGCAGUCCAAACUUUCUAAACCAAAUAAACCUUGAUCUGAAAAAAGAAUCUGUUGAAAUAAAUGAACAUAAAUCCAGAUGAACCUCAUUGAAACUGAAAAUAAUGGUCCAAUCCUUAUUUUAAACCAUUAAAAUAAAUAAAUAAAUAAAAUCUGUAAAUUCAACCUACUCAAGAUUAAUAUUGUGAAUUCAGAUAAUUUUAUAUAUUUUUUGGCGUUGGACUGAAGGGCUUAUUUGAUUGUGUCUCAUUGUUGCUGUGAAAUCUCCUGGUCAUUUCUGUAUUUUCUGACGAGGUGAACAGUUUGUAUUUUGGUUUGUUGUAAAUGAAAAUGUAACUGGACGAUCACAUUUUAAACGUCUUCCUCCUGAGCCGCUGUUACUCCACAAUGUACAAAUAAAAACACUACAUGGUUUGUAUUGUGAAAAAUAAAAUAAAAAUAAAAUGCUACGACUUAAACCUG